CACUUUCUCCUUUCCUUUUUUUUUUUAAGAAAAGGAAAUAAACGCGUUAUCUAAAUAUUUAUCGACGACUAUGGAAAAUUAAAACGACAACACGGAUAUUUUGUCUUUAAUAAUUGCUAUAUAGUCGCACCGUAGAGGACCAUCAGAGCACACUGCUUCUUUCUUACUAAGCUACGUACCGUUUCUACUAUCUACUAAAUCGUCCAAUUCUUAGGAGGCUAUCGGACGGUGUGUGUCUGUUUGGUUACAGCAACAGAGAGAACCCGAAAUUCAACGGCCAAGUCAAAAUGGAGAGCACAAUGAAGGAAAUGAGAGGCGGAGCUUCAGUGCUCGACAUGGAUCCUAAGUCCACCGUUGGCGGUGGCGUUGAGGAUGUUUACGGCGAGGAUUGCGCUACUGAAGAUCAGCUUGUUACUCCUUGGACUACCUCUGUCGCCAGCGGAUACUCGUUGUUGAGGGACCCACGCCAUAACAAAGGACUCGCGUUCAGUGAGAAAGAAAGGGAUGCUCACUACUUGCGCGGUCUUCUGCCCCCGGUGGUUGCAACUCAACAGCUUCAGGAGAAGAAAUUGAUGCACACUAUCAGGCAAUAUCAACUUCCCCUUCAAAAAUAUAUGGCCAUGAUGGAACUUGAGGAGAGGAAUGAAAGAUUGUUUUACAAGCUUCUUAUUGAUAAUGUUGAGGAAUUACUUCCUAUCGUUUACACUCCAACAGUAGGUGAAGCGUGUCAGAAAUAUGGAAGUAUCUUCAAGCGUCCUCAGGGGUUAUAUAUAAGUUUGAAGGAGAAGGGAAAAAUUCUUGAUGUAUUAAAAAAUUGGCCUGAAAGAAGUAUUCAAGUUAUUGUUGUAACUGAUGGGGAGCGGAUUUUGGGACUUGGUGAUCUUGGCUGUCAGGGUAUGGGAAUUCCAGUAGGAAAAUUGGCUCUUUACACUGCGCUUGGAGGAGUUCGUCCCUCUCGCGGUAAGCAUUUGGAUUGUUUGCCAAUCACCAUUGAUGUGGGCACAAACAAUGAAAAAUUGCUGAACGAUGAAUUCUACAUUGGACUCCGACAAAGGAGAGCAACUGGCCAGGAAUACUCUGAACUACUACAGGAAUUCAUGACUGCUGUAAAGCAGAACUAUGGAGAAAAAGUUCUUAUCCAGUUUGAAGAUUUUGCUAACCACAAUGCUUUUGAGCUGCUUGCAAAAUAUGGUACAACCCAUCUCGUCUUCAACGAUGAUAUACAGGGGACAGCAUCUGUUGUUCUUGCAGGGGUAAUUGCAGCGCUGAAGUUGCUUGGUGGUUCCCUGAGUGAUCACACUUUCUUGUUCCUUGGCGCUGGGGAGCGGAUACUCGUUGUUGAGGGACCCACGCCAUAACAAAGGACUCGCGUUCAGUGAGAAAGAAAGGGAUGCUCACUACUUGCGCGGUCUUCUGCCCCCGGUGGUUGCAACUCAACAGCUUCAGGAGAAGAAAUUGAUGC